AUGGAUCUUGCAACCUUGUUCGGCAAGCUCCAAGAGUAUGAAAUGGAGCUAAUUAGAAUAACCUUGAAGGAACAAGCCAUCAAGAAAAGUAAGGGAAUUGCCUUGAAGGCCUUGGCACCAAGCAAAGAGAAGGAUGAGGAAAAAGAAGAUGGAGAUUCCGAAAAUGGUCUUGACGAAGAUGAGAUGAGUCUCUUCGUAAAGAAGUAUGGAAAAUUCUUUAAGAAGAAUUUUUCAAAGAAAUCUGCAUUUCCUCCUAGAAGAAGAUCUAAAGAUGAAGGAUCCUCACAGCUCACCAUCACUUGCUAUGAAUGUGGAAAAACCAGUCACUACAAAUCGGAUUGUCCAAAUAUUCAAAAGAAAGACAAAUAUGAAAAGAAGCAAGGCAAGGAUAGAAAGAACUUCAAGAAGGCUUAUCUUGCUUGGGAUGACGAAUCUAGUUCUUCCGAUGAUGACUCCAAGGAAGAAGCAAACCUAUGCUUCAUGCAAGAUGGGAGACCACCGGAGAAAUCAAGCAAAGGAACUCAACAUAUAUGUCUCAUGGCAAAUGAGGACAAAAAUGAAUCUGAAACUGAGGUAAACUCGUCUUGCUCUACUCUUUCCCCUUCAUAUGAUGAGUUGUCUGACAUGUUUGAAGAAAUGCAUAAUGAAACACUAAAACAUAUUAAAACUCUUAGAGCAUCAAGGAAAACUAUUAGUUCUUUGGAAAAACUAAUUGCAUCUUUAGAAAAGGAAGUGAAAGAUUUGAAAGAUGAAAAUGAAACUUUCAAAUUACUUGAUGCUAGCACUAGUUGUAUCAAAUGCCUAUCUUCGAAUGAUAAUGCAUCUUCAUCAUCAUUGGAAAAGGUCAUAGUGCAUCUACAUGUAAAAUUAGAAAGAAUGGUUUGCUUAAAGGCUAAAAGCUCCAAAUGGUACUUGGAUAGUGGUUGCUCAAGUCACAUGACGGGAGAUGUAACUAAAUUCCAAUCAUUCACAAAGAAAGAGCACGUACAUGUUUCCUAUGGAGAUAACAACAAAGGAAAGAUUCUCGGUAUUGGAAAUGUUGAAAACCUUGGCAAAUUUGACUCUAAAGCCGAUGAAGGCAUAUUUCUAGGAUAUUCACUUACAAGUAGAGCUUAUAGAAUCUAUAAUAAAAGAACAAUGGUCAUUGAAGAGUCUAUUCAUGUUGUAUUUAAUGAGACUAACAACGCCUUGCCUAGAAAGGAACUUUGUGAUGAUGAUGUUAUAGAAAGCAUGAAAAACAUAAACUUGAAUGACAAAGAGGAAGAUGAAAGGCAAAAAGAAAAGGAAGCAAACAACGAAGAAACACCAAGUCAACAAACCAAUGAUGGAAACAAUCUACCACAAGAUUGGAGAAUAGCUAGAGGACACCCCAUUGAUGCG